AUGGCCGCUACACCAAAAGAGGCAAUAAACUCUAUCGACUUGGAGGAAAUCUGCACAGAGAAACAAGAGCCCCCAAAAGGGCAGAAGACAUUUACGGUGGAAGAAGCUGUGGAAACCAUUGGGUUUGGGAGGUUCCACAUAGCACUUUUCCUCAUUAUGGGAAGCACUGGAGUGGCUGAAGCCAUGGAGAUCAUGCUAAUAGCCGUUGUUUCCCCUCUCAUCCGGUGCGAGUGGCAUCUUCAAGACUGGCAGGUGGCUUUAGUGACAACGAUGGUGUUUUUCGGCUACAUGGUCUUCAGCAUAGUCCUCGGGCUCCUGGCUGACAGGUACGGCCGCUGGAAGAUUCUGCUGCUCUCCUUCCUCUGGGGUGCCUAUUUCUCUCUGCUGACCUCAUUUUCCCCAUCCUACAUCUGGUUUGUGUUCCUGCGGACCAUGGUAGGCGGUGGCGUGUCAGGCCACGCGCAAGGGCUUAUCAUAAAAACAGAAUUUUUACCUACCAAAUACCGAGGAUACAUGUUGCCCUUAUCUCAGGUGUUUUGGUUGGCAGGCUCCUUGUUAAUCAUUGGCCUAGCAUCAGUAGUCAACCCAACCAUUGGCUGGCGGUGGCUGAUCAGAAUAGCCUCCAUUCCUGGCAUCAUCCUCAUCCUGGUAUUCAAGUUCAUCCCAGAGUCCGCUCGGUACAACGUGUCCACGGGAAAUGACGAGGCUGCCAUGGCCACACUGAGGAGGAUCGCCAAGAUGAACCGCGCGGCGAUGCCCGAAGGGAUCCUGAGGGAGCCUGCAAACGAAAGAAGAGGAAGAUUCAAGGACCUCAUACACCCCAAAUACUUAAGAACCACUUUACAAAUAUGGAUCAUAUGGCUUGGCAUCGCUUUUGCUUAUUAUGGUGUUAUCUUGGCUAGCGCUGAAUUACUGGAACGGGAUCUAGUCUGUGGUUCUCCAGCACCAGCAGGGGAGGAAGCUGGAGAUGGCUCCGAGGAAAGCCGGAGCCCGUGUCACUGUCGCUUAUUCGGACCUUCUGCUUACCAGACCAUGAUCAUCAGCACAGUCGGAGAGAUCGCAUUAAAUCCCGUGAACAUUCUAGGCAUCAACUUCCUCGGGAGACGCCUGAGCCUGUGUAUAACCAUGGCAUGUACAGCGCUAUUCUUUCUUCUUCUCAAUAUCUGCACUUCGAGUGCAGGCAUGACUGGGUUUCUCUUCAUGCUACGUGCCUUGGUUUCAGCAAACUUCAACACCAUCUACAUUUACACAGCAGAGGUUUACCCCACCACAAUGCGAGCCCUGGGGAUGGGAACAAGUGGGUCUUUGUGCCGUGUUGGAGCCAUGGUGGCCCCGUUUAUAUCACAAGUUCUUAUGAGUGCUUCUUUCAUUGGGGCCCUGUGUCUUUUUGCAUCUGUGUGUGUUGUAUGUGCAAUCUCUGCGUUCACAUUGCCCAUUGAGACCAAGGGCAGGGCACUGCAGGUUUGUAUGACUGCUCCAGGAACUCUUGCUUAUCUAAAUACUAUUUAG